GACGACACUUCCCCCUCUCUUCUUGGAUUUAUCCCCGAAGUUUUUUUCUCCUUUCCCCUUAGAGGCGCAGUGAAGUGAACUUUUCUCUUCUUUUCUCAACCCAAAGUAAAAACACCACUAUGUCGCCGCCGUCUCGACGGCUUCAGACGAAGCCAGUGAUUACCUGCCUGAAGACUUUCCUUAUCUCCUACAGCCUCAUAUUCUGGUUCACAGGCGUGAUCCUGCUGGCAGUCGGGGUGUGGGGGAAGGUGAGCCUGGAGGCCUAUUUCGCCCUGGCUUCUGAUGAGAGUACCAAUGCACCAUAUGUCCUCAUUGGGACUGGAGCCACCAUCAUUAUUUUUGGACUGUUCGGUUGCUUUGCUACAUGUCGCGGCAGCCCAUGGAUGCUCAAACUGUAUGCCAUGUUUUUGACCUUGGUGUUCCUGGCUGAGCUUGUAGCAGGCAUCUCAGGCUUUAUCUUCAGACAUGAGAUCAAAGCCAAAUUGGGCAGUGCCUAUGACAAUGCUGUGAAGUACUACAAUACCACUGACAGCAGCAGCGCUGCAGUUGACGCCAUACAGAGGACUUUGCAUUGCUGCGGGGUGAAAAAUUACACUGACUGGAGUGAAACAGAGUACUUUAAAGAGAAGGGCAUCCCUACCAGCUGCUGUAAAGACAACACCAAGUGCUCAGAGGAGACCCUGAAAGACCUUGACAAGGCUAAAAAAGAGGUGUACACGACGGGCUGCUUCGCAUUGGUGACCCAUGUGAUGGAGGCCAACCUGGGAAUCAUCGCAGGGAUCUCCUUUGGGAUUGCAUUUUUCCAGCUCAUUGGGAUAUUCCUGGCCUGCUGCUUGUCUCGAUACAUCACCAACAACCAGUAUGAGAUGGUCUAACAGUGACCUUCCACAGGUUACUGAUAGGCAGCGCCUGAUGAAAACUGAGUUAAAUGAAUCUCCUAUGAUUUUAACAUUUUGUGUGUGUCUUAGUUAUUAUCAUUUUAGAGAGGGAAAAACACUCACGGCUUCUUCUUUUAUUCAGUCUGACCAAUGACAAACAAGCAGAAGGGAAUAAUGUGAAAGAAAAUUCAAAAAGGGACAAUACCCGCAGCGUUGUUUUAGUGAAGAGAAAAGGGACCUGGACAUUCAGGGAUCAGUGUUACUCCUGGGACUUAAUUAGUGAAUUUCCAUCAAAUAGAGAUGUCAUUACAUAGAUGUUACUUUUUCAUCUUGGGUAAAUAACUCUUACAGUUUCUUGUCUUUGUAUAAUGCCUUUGCCUUAUUUUGUAAUUUUGCUAUAAUUAGUCUGUAGUCUGUAGCAGAUGAAAGCUAGACAAUAAGCUGAUAAAUGUUGGACUUCUCUGCAACACUAAGUGAAUUUAGCCUGAGAUAUGGACAAGAUGUCGCCACCCUGAAAUCAAGACCAUGUGAUUUACAGUAAGGAUUUAGGAGUUGUGUGGAAAAUGAGCCUUACUGAUGAUUGUGUUGGCCAGUAUUGUUGAAAGCCUGCGUUCAUGUGUGCCAAUUAGAGCAGCCCAGCCACCUUUGUAUCACAGUUUUCAGUGUUAAAUUGUUAUUCUUUUGUGGAUGCAUGUAAAAUACUUGAAAAAAUAAAAUAAAAUAAAAAUUAAAUUCAG